CCUCAGCAGUGACACGUCAGCAGAGUGCCACCUCAGCAGUGACACGUCAGCAGAGUGCCAUGUCAGCAGGUGCCACGUCAGCAGUGACACAUCUUGAUGCGCCGCAGCCAACGACUGGCCGAGCGCGGAUCCGCAGGAGCCAAGCCUCAACAGGAACUUAGCACCCCUCGGAUUCCGCGCAGGCCACGCACGACCAUGGCUGCUACCUCCGACAACAGUGCACCAGCUAGCCCCAAGAGGCCGGUUACCCCUCCUCUCCCAGUUCAGCAGGCCGAUGAAACGGUCCUAGCGUUCCUCGACCGUCUCCAUCAGUAUUCGGAGACAACGGCAGCUGACCUACGCAAGUGGGAAGAAGAGGAAGCCGCCCGCCAGCAGGAAAUACAACGCCAGCAGGCAGAGGCAGCAGCAGCACGUCAGCGGGCCGCAGCAGAAGCUGCAGCGGCCGCACGGUUGCGUCAGCAGCAGGUCGAGGCAGAUCAAAACCAGGCUCGUUACCAAGCCACGAUGGAUCUUGCUCGCGACGAAGCCACAUAUGUCAGGCUACUUCGACAACAGCAUUUCCAGGAGACUGAAGAACAAGACCGGCCAACCGAGGAAGAAAGAGACAAGGAAGGGACAGCAGUACUAAUGGAGACUCUGCUGUACACGUGCAAUUGGCAGCAACGUGAACUGCUCGCCACGCGGCACGUCCUCGUCCGCCAUGAAACAACACUCAAGGCCAUGGACAAGAGGAUCGUGACCCUGCAGGCCGAGAACAGCUCACUACAGGCGGCCAACAACCAGCAGCAGACGCUGAACAGCCAGCAGCAGACACUCAACCAUCAGCUGCAGGCAGAUGUCAGCAACGGGUUGGCACAGCUGUCAGCAGCUGCGUCACCGGGCAGUGCAGCGGUAGAUUGCAGCCCAGCUUUGGCCGCACAGGCAAAGCAAUUGGAGGAGCGGGUCAAUCAUUUAGUCGCAUCCCUCGGCGACAUCAGCAAGUUUGCUGGAACGUCGACAGUCAGCAAUCAGCUGCAGACGCUCAGCGACCGCGUUGACCAACGACCGACCGUUGCCGCCAAGGAAUGGAAGAUGCCGAACUUCAAGAUCGAGAAGUUCGAAGACUAUCACAAGACUGAUCCGCUGCAAUGGUGGAUGGCUUUCAACACAGAGGCGGAUGUACAUCAUACACCCGCCCACCGACGGCUUGACGCUCUCUACCUCCAACUCAUUGGAGGAGCGCAGGUCUUCAUGACGCAUAUGGCAGUCACAUUGGAAUGCACCAUCGCCACCCUCCACACCAAGAUCACGUGGGAGGAAUUCGAGAAGAAGUGAAAGACCCGGUUCAUGGUCAACAACAACAAGCGUCACACCAUGAACAAGAUCUUCCGCGUCUACCAAGGCCAGCAAACGUCAGCUGACGGAGUGGCAAAGACUCGU